AUGUAUAUCUGUCUGUCUUUUUCAGUGGUCACAGGAGCUACUGAUGGGAUUGGAAAAGCCUAUGCAGAAGAGUUAGCAAGACAUGGAAUGAAGGUGGUUCUAAUCAGCAGAUCAAAAGAAAGACUGGACCAGGUUGCUAGUGAAAUAAAGGAGAAGUACAAAGUGGAAACCAAAGUCAUUGUGGCAGACUUUGGAGAGAGAGAAGAAAUUUACAGUAGAAUCAAAGCAGAAUUGGAAGGCCUGGAGAUCGGUAUUUUAGUCAACAAUGUGGGAAUGUCGUAUGCCUAUCCUGAAUAUUUUCUUGAAAUUCCAGACCUGGAUAAAGUGAUCGACAAAAUGAUAAAUAUUAACAUCAUUUCUGUCUGUAAGAUGACACGAUUGGUGCUGCCCAGCAUGCUGGAAAGAACAAAAGGGGUAAUCCUGAAUAUCUCCUCAAUUGCUGGGAUAAUUCCAGCUCCAAUGAUGACGCUUUACUCAGGAACCAAGGCUUUUGUGGAUUACUUCUCCCAAGGCCUCCAUGCAGAAUACAAGAGCAAGGGCAUCAUUGUGCAGAGCGUUCUACCAAGUUAUGUGGCAACAAAAAUGGCCAAAAUCCGCAAGCCAACCUUCAGUACACCCAGUCCUGAAACGUAUGUCAGAGCUGCCUUAGGCACAGUAGGCCUGAAGUCACGGACCAACGGGUACCUAGUCCAUGAAUUGCUAAUAUGGCUCCUGUCUUUUCUACCUACAUCUGUUGUCGUUAAUAUAUCCCUGAAAAGACACAAAGAAAUGCGGUCUCGUUAUAUGAAAAAAUUGAAGAAGAAGUAAGUUGGAAGCAACUUGAUCUCGGAAGCCUGGGACUCCAUACCCUCACUGCGGCACCGAGUAGACCUAGUGUUCUAAACAUCUUCAAUCGUAGGUGUACUUUCUAACAAGCAGAACAGUUUGUUUUGAGGAUACAGGUGAAACAAGACUGUUGACUUCUAAUAGUGGUUUAAAAAUAGGCUUUAUUUGUUUAUAGAUAUUACGAGGGGGAAGUGCUUCGGGCUAAAAUUGCAUUGUGCUUUAAGAAAUACUUACGUGGACUUGAUCAGACAUUGCACUCUUGAGGAACAGCUUGAUUAUAUAGUGUCCAUCACAUCUAUGUAUUGUGUGCAUGGGUGAAGGGCAGAAAAAUAGUAGUUCUCACAUAUUCCUGGACAGGUGAGGAGGAGUGGGAAGGCAGCAUAUUUAUUUAAAAAGGCAACCUAGCACUGUUGACAGAGUAUAACUUUUUACCAGCUCAGGUUUAGGGUACUCGCAAGGACUCUGCGUUGUCAGCCAGCUCAUGAGUGCUCCCCUGCUUACACAGUCCAGUGUGAUUUUUGGUUAUGAACUUGAGGGAAAUGGGCCAAAAACCAAAAUGAGUGUAAUUGCUCAUCUAUAAAUAUAUACAUAAAAUUGCAGAAAGUAUUUAAAUUCCUGGUUGUUGAAUAUGGAUUCUAACUUUUCAGUAAUAUGUAAUCUUUACAGUUUAUAAUAACACUUUUAGAAGUUCAGUGCCUGCUCUUUGUAAUAGGUGGUGCUAACACAAUGUAGACAAAUGUCACAAGUUAUGUGUUAUGUGCUGGUUGCGGUGUAAAAGAUUACGGGCACUUUAAAUGCAGAGCUUGAAAUGAGUUACUCUCCUCAUUAGCAAUGAUGGUUAAAUUCCUUUUGAAGUAUGUAUCAGUCUUGUCUUUUUGGUGAGGCCGUUUGAGAUGUGAAUCCUGAAUAUUUGAGACAGCUUUAAAAAUGAGAACCAGUGAACUUCUUUAUACGUAGAACGUUUUUAAUUUAAUUGUGUUUAACUGAUUUGUUUCAUGGUUCUGUUCCAAAAUGAAGUGCUCCAGUGAGGCUGAGGUUACCCAACUCCGGGAGACAGGGAUCAGGGUAUAUGAGAAGUCUGCACUCUGUUGUCUGUAUUUACCUACUCUUGAAACAAAGAUUUUUGUGUUCUUUUUAUAAACAUUAAAUGUACUGAAACUUACUAGGCAAAUCAAGUUGAAAGCAGCUACUAAUGUUUUCUGUGGUGAUUUCCUAUGGUUGAAGAGUGGAGGUUCUUUGCUGUCCUUGAAAGACUAAUUUCAGGCUCUGAUUUUGAAGUAAAAUACGUUGUACUGAGACAUGAUUUGGGGCUAACAUUUCUGUACAUUGAAAAAACCUGAAUACCGAUGCAAUGGUGCUGAUCAAAUCUGAGAUGCAGAACCUAUCCCAUAGUUUUCUUAAUUUUUGGGAACAGGGAUGAUAAAGUCAGUGGUAUUAGUUCUGUAAGAGCACAUAACUUGGCUUGCUCUGGAUCUGAUGUGGAAGCAUUGGACUAAACAA